AUGGACCAAAUUGACUUUUGGGUGGUACCUCCAACUCUCUUUGAGGGAGAGUCGGAGCUCAAAUCUCUAUGGUUUGUUUGUUUGUUCGAGAUAGAGAAAGAGAGUAUGGGAAAAAGAAUUACUCUAAUAUUUUUGUUUGUGAUAACCUUUCUUGUUUUGAGUAGUGUAGAUGUGAAAACUAAAGCUAUACAAAAUUUAUCAGAAGUCGACAGGAAAUUGAUGGUUCUGAACAAACCAGCAAUCAAAAGUAUUAAGAGUGAAGAUGGAGAUAUUAUUGAUUGUGUCGACAUCUACAAGCAACCCGCUUUUGAUCACCCUGCAUUAAGGAACCAUAUAAUUCAGAUGAAACCGAAUAAUAGUUUUCCAUUUGACACUACCAUUAGUGUUAAAAACGAGUCAUCUCUGCAAGUGUUGUCUCAAACUUGGCACAAAAGUGGAAGUUGUCCAAAGGGAACCAUUCCCAUUCGUAGAAUUAGUAGGCAAGAAUGA